AUGAAGGUCGUGUCGAAAGAAGAAGAGAAGGCACACUACAAUGUCGUGCUCAAGGGUGGCUUCAUCGGCGGCUCCCUAGGCGUUGGCCUGGGUGUGUUGGGCGUCAUCGGCGCUUCGAAACGGUAUCCAGCCUUCCGGGGCCUAACUUUACCCUUCCGAUCGUUCUUGGUGACGUCCACAGCGACAUUCGGCGCCAUCGUCAACGCAGAGCGCUGGAGCAAUGAUUUUCAAAAGCGUAAUAAUCCGAUGAGCUUCUACAAAGACGAAGCGACGCGGGUCAUGGAGCUAGCACGCGAGCAAGAGACCACUAUGGAGCGCCUCCAGCAAUGGGGCAAGACGAACCGGUACAGCAUCGUCUUCGUGUCGUGGCUGGCGGCCAUGGGCUUAUCCCUGGGUCUCGUCGGCCGCAACAAGUACCUGUCGACGUCGCAGAAGCUCGUGCAGGCCCGUGUGUACGCCCAGGGCCUGACGCUCGCGGUGCUGGUGGCCACGGCCGCCUUCGAGACGCACGACGCGCGCAGCGGGCAGGGCCGCUGGGAGACGGUCAAGGUUCUCGACCCGAACGACCCCGAGCACAAGCACCUCAUUGAGAAGCGCAUCCAUAAGGAAGAGUACGAGGGACAGGAUCUGUGGAAGGACAUGGUUGCUGCUGAGGAGAAGAGGAUAGCCGAGCGCAAGAGCCAGCAGUAG